GGCCAGCGUUGCAGGCAGUGCAGUGCAGUGGGGAGAGUGUUGAUUCACUGGGAGAGAGACGUGCCCAGAGUGGUUAAAACAUGCUCACUAAGUGGGAGAACGCCUCUGCCCAGGACACAAGAUGAAGGUGGAGAGUAAGACCAGCCACAGUCUCUAUUCUGACAUUCCUCCACUCCUCAACCUGGUCGGCCUCCUACUUCUACUGCUCACAGGUGAGGUGUCAGGGGUGAAUGUUACAAGCCAAACCCAGGUGGUGAGAGGCAUUGUGGGAAAAGAGGCCCUGCUGUCUGUCAGUUACACCAGCAGCAGUGCAGACAAGCCUGUAAUCAAGUGGCAGCUGAAGAGGGACAAAGUGAAGCCCGUCACGGUGGUGCAGUCCAUCGGCACAGACGUCAUCGGGAACCUUCGGCCAGAGUACCGCAACCGCAUCCUGGUGUUUGAGAACGGCUCGCUACUGCUUCACAAUCUGCAGCUGUCAGAUGAAGGAUCUUACGAGGUGGAGAUUUCCAUCACAGAUGACACUUUUACAGGGGAGCUCUAUAUCGAACUUACUGUGGACGUUCCAGUCUCUAAGCCAUAUAUCCAGAUGGUGGCGUCAUCUGUCCUCGAGUACAGCGAGCAUUUUAACUUGCACUGCUCCCACGACAAUGGCACCAAGCCUACGUACGCUUGGCUGAAGGGCGGGAAGUUGCAGGCCAACGACUCCCGCUUGUUGCUCUCGCACGGCCAAAAGGUGUUGACCAUCACAAGGGUUCUCAUGUCAGACGACGACGUCUACACCUGCACGGUGGAGAACCCUAUUAGCAGCAUGAAGAGCACACCUGUCAAGCUCACCGUUUACAGACGGAGCUCGCUGUACAUCAUCCUGUCCACUGGAGGCAUUUUCCUCCUCAUCACCCUGGUGACCGUGUGUGCCUGCUGGAAGCCUUCAAAAAAAAAGCAUAGACCUGUCCCACAGAGGGCUCCCAUUUACAUGGAACAGCAGGGUGAAAAUGGACACGAUGUUGAUGUUGUACCGAAACCAACCACCCUUGGUCGAAGGAGUCCCAUGCCCCUGUAUGUACUCAACGAAGAUGAGACUCUGGAGCGUUUGGAGGAAAGUUCUUGCAACACUUUCAACCAAUCGGAAUUAAGUUACCCCGCCACCUACGUCCCGGUUUUCCCCCCUCAGGCCCACAGAACUGAGCCGCCCAUUUGGACCACUCCACGCAGGUACUCCCGUAGCCCCUCUCCACUGGCUCAGCUUCUCCCACAAGCCCCUGCGGGUCCUCCCCUGAGCCCCGCACGCUCACCAGCCAGCUCGCCCUGUUCGUCUCCGCGCAGUUUCAGCCCCAUCAAAAAGGUUCGGCCUCCGGUUGGAAUCCCGAACAUUCGCCUUCCUGUGGAGGCAGAGAGUCCCGCCCCCAGUGAGGAUGUACAAGGUCCUCCGCAGCAGUGAUAUGUAGUUCAUUACACAUCAUGAUUGCUGUAUCCUCCAUGGCCACCAGCAAUACUUCUGUAGCCUUUUGAUGACAGCCUGUAAUAUAAAAGAACAUCCUGUCGAGUAUUACAAGUAAUAGGAUACAUGUUUCAUGCCGAGCGUUCCUUUCAUGUAAUAUUAAUUUCAAAGGGAAUGUAUGAUGAGUAGUUUGGAUGUAUUAUUUUUCUUUUUUUAUAUAUCAUUUAAACCGCAAUUUUUUGUUUGUUAGUUUUCUUGAGAUUACAAAAUAAAAAACUAUAUUUUGUAGAUUGUGAUCGGUUUUCCACAGUCAUUUAAAUUUAUUUUUCUAUUACCUUUACGUCAGGGAUUGUUGUUUCAUUGUGUUCUUAUCAGCAGUCCCAGCAAUAUAUCUGAAUAUAUCAACAAAUAUGUCCUACAUAUUAGCGUAAACUUUAAUGCAAACUCAUUUUUGUUUGCGGGGCACAUUUACAGCAAUUAGAUCUCAAGUGGUUUAUUUUAGACUAGUUUAUUUUUAACCCAGAUAUGUUAACUCACAUUGGAAGAUGAACAUUCACAGCCAGUCCAUCCAAAAUCAGUGAAUUGGACGUCUAUCGUUGUCAGUGGCAGGCAAUAAGUUAAUUCUGUGUCACCUCCUCGUCACUUCCUGGAAAAACUGGAUCAGUUCUUGUUGAUUUAGGGGCAUUUGCAUGCUACUUCCUAUUGAUUUGGUAUCACUUCCCAAUAGUUUUUCGAGCAUUUUUGGGUCACUUCCUUGUUAACUCAUUGAUUGCCAUUUACGGUGGUAAACAUCCAAUACAAUAUGACCGGGAUGGGGCGAAUGAACGACAUUGUAACUGCGGACACAAAAGUGAGCCAAGAGCAGUAGUGCGUUCAUUCGAUCGCACAAAUCACAAAUCUAAGGUUUUACGGUGCUAAAGGCAAAAUAAAAGUGUGUGAUUUUGUAUGUACAGUAAGAGUCAGGCAGGACAAACCUGCGGGCCAAAUUGGGCCACCUGGUUGGCCACUUCCGGCCCGCAGGCCCUUUGUUUGACACAUUUGCAGUACAAUCUUCACGGUUACUCAAUAGGGUAGCCAAUCCUUAUUGAUCAAACCUUAUCGAUUACUUUCUGUUCUGUUGUUUGCAAUGGUUUAAUGAUGGUGGAUGCUCAUGAACUUUGCUCUCUCUCAGUCUCUCUCUCUCUUUAGCCCUUUUCACACACAUAUCCAGGGAAAUUGCCGUGUAAGGUGAUGCGGGAUUUACUUGCGUCAUUGCUUUCACGCAUGUAGAGAUGUCCCGAGAAUGACGCGGGUUAGACACUUGCACACAUUUGUCCCUUUUUGCCCACUGGCGCUCUCUGUGCGUGGAGGGUUGCUGGUGCGAUUUUAUAAACUGGACGUCAUUUCUGGUCGGCAUCAGCUGUCACAAUGUGUGUCAAAUCGUGUUUUGUUCUGGAAGGAGCGUUCCCGACAUCAUAACUGCAGCCAAUUCAAGCUCAU